UUAAUUUUUCUGCAUCAUUUUUGGACUAGGUUUCUGAUUUUUGCAAUGUUACUUAGAUGGAAAAAAGCUGUCAUUGAAAUAGUCUUGAUACGUUAGUCAAAAGAGCGAUCAGGGUCCAGAGUAAAGCCAAGGUCUUUUCAGUUUUAUUUGAGACGACUGUACAACCAUCAAGAUUAAUUGGCAGAUCCGGCAUCACCUCUACUUUAUUGCAGACAUAAAACAGUUAAAGUAUAAAUAUUGCCAAGUAAUUGUGCUAAGCAAAGACAACGUGAUAUGGGGAAGAGUGGGUAGGUGAGGCUGUGUUUUUAUGCCACUCCCCCAACCUUUAACUAAAGAGGUUGUGCUGUCUCAAAACAAAACUAUACAUGCCACACUAAGAAGAGCCAACAUCACUGCUGCCUUGCUACUGUAUCAGUCCAGUCUGAAGACUCCGUGGGAAGAAGCAAACUUCAAGACAGGCAAACCUGAAGAGGAUGGAGAGCGGUAGGAGCACUGAGAUUUAUCCACCCAAUAUGUGUGGGCGUUCUUGUCUGGGGCCCCUGUCCUUCCACAAAGAGGCCUUGGGGACCAAUGUGUGUCUGAGUCUGGGAGGUAGACGUGUGGAGAGGGACAGAGAGACCUUCCAGAAUGGUCUGACUUUCAGCAGUCGGCCAAUCAGGGUUCAGGAGAAGAUACAUCUGCGGGUGGAAUGUUGUGACCAACACUGGCAUGGAGCUCUGCGGCUGGGCUUCACCAUCAUACCGCCCUCCUCCUCUGGGCCCCACUUCCCUCCUGCUAUGGCCAUCCCUGACCUCACCACCACCUACGGGUACUGGGCAUCCACCGUGCCCUCCAGCCUCAUCAUGCCAGGGGCAGAGCUCCGCUUCUGGGUGACCCCUCGAGGAAUGCUGGUUUACGAGGGGCCAAAUGGUUUGAGGUACAAGCUACUGAAGGGGGUGGAUGUGACACGCCACCUGUGGGCCAUGAUAGAUGUCUACGGACAGACCAGAGCUGUGCUCCUAUUGGGAUCAGAAAAGAAAGACUUAAUGUUGCGGAUCCGGAGGUCCUGUCCUGUCCCACCUCCUCCCUCUGUGUCUCAUAGGGACAGCUGCAUGUGUGUGAACAAGGGUCACCCCUGUCGCACCCCUCAGGACUACAGGCUCUCUGCUGACCCUAUCACUAUCACACAGAUGGACCCCUCUAUAGAUCGGGACUUCGCUGACGACUGCUUGGCGUGUCUAUCUGCUAGAGCUUCUGUGGUCUUUCCCUGCGCCCACCGCUGCCUGUGCCUUCGCUGCGCCCUGCGGGUCACGGCCGAGUUUGGAAACUGCCCGCUGUGUCGCCAGUCAAUCAGAUACAGCGACGAGGAUAGGUGGAUAAAAAGUUGACCAACCGAUGGGGAAAGGAGGGAGAAAAGCAAAGAUGAUCAAAUCAGCAUUAUAUUAGUACAUAAUAUUGUAAACAUUUCCCUUAUGUUCUUUUUUAUAUCAACUGUCUAUUUUUCACUGUGACUUAUGUUAUAGUGUAGGCAUCUAUACUUACAUGUAGGCAUCUAUACUACAUGUAGGCAUCUAUACUACAUGUAGGCAUCUAUACUACAUGUAGGCAUCUAUACUACAUGUAGGCAUCUAUACUUGAUGAAGAACGUGUCACUGUAUUAGAUGUUUUAUUUGUCAAUGAAUCCAAAUGUAAAUAAAUG